AUGCCCAGCAGCGCCUCGAGGAAGCGGCAACGACUGUCCACACGGGCCACCAACUCACAGGGAAGCCAGUCUCAAGGAUCGCGAUCACAGCCCGCCCGCGACAAGGACUAUUACGACCCCGAUCAAGAUGAAGCCGAACGACGGAGAAUCCGAAAGGGCCUGAGAGACCUUACGCGGGACCUCAACGAUUCCCGCAGUGAGUUUAUGCGGGCUGGAAACAGUGGUAUUAAGUCCACGAUAGAAAAGGCCAACGAGUUGUUUCAGGGCGUCAAGCAAACCUCGGAUGCAACCAUCGACUCUCGGCUAUUGGUCAGCGCGGCGGACCUAGGAUACAAGAAGACCGCACAAUUAGUUCUGGGCGACGCCAGUGCAGGCAUUGACGUCGACGAAUUUGUCUCCAAGUGUAUCACUUUCAUGCGCCAGGCCCCCGCAGACUCUCAAAGCACGGUUCCCAGCAGCACCCAACGUCGCCGCGCUGCCCGACCAGCAGAUGAUGACGGCGAAGAUAAUGGAGAUGCCUUGAACUGGGACUGGCUGGGGCGGGCUGCGUCCUUCUGCAGCAAUGCCCGGCCCUCGGUCCCUGGAUUCCUUCUGGGCCCGCUCUCGGUACAGAAACGAACCCGUCAGCAGGCCGUUCGGAGGGUCAGGGAGCGGAUCGACCCCAGUCGGGCGGUCGCGCCGCAGGAUCUCCAAGACAAAGACCUUGACCGGCAGGAAACGUCUAAUUUGACCACCAUGUGUGGCAGUAUCAACGGUCUACUGGCGAAGACACAAAACCAUGGCCAAGACACUGUCGAAAGGCAGCUGUCGGCGCUCCAAGCGGAGCCUUCCGAUGAGCAGCUGCAGAAAGUGAUGGCGGAGAACAAUGUAGCUGAUGAUGGUGGUGUCCCGCUGUUCCGCUUCUGCAUCAACCCGAGGUCCUUUGGACAGAGCGUGGAGAACCUGUUUUACGUGAGUUUCCUGGUUCGUGAUGGGUUGAUUGGUAUCUCGGUGGACAGUAGAGGAUUGCCCACGUUACACGCUGCGAAGCCUCAUGCACCCAGCGAAGCUCUGAAGAAGGGAGUCCAGAAGCACCAGGCUAUCUUCACUCUGGACUUUGAAACCUGGCAAGAUCUGAUCGAGGCCUAUGGGAUCGAUGAAUUCAAGAUGGCUUCCGGCUCUGUGGCCGUGUUCUCUCCGGUCAGUCUGACCCAAGAGGUGCGCGACACGGUCAACAGUCUCGGAGGCAACGUCAAGUACAUCGCCGCUCUGGAUCUCGAGCACCAUAUCCACCUGACUGCGUGGAAAGAGGCCUAUCCAGAUGCCGAGAUCAUCGCUCCCGAGGGACUCUGGGAGAAGCGCCAAUCCAACCCCAAGACCAAAGACACCACCCCCUUCCGUCAUGUCUUCCGCAAGGAACUGGUCGGAACGCAGAAGAUCUCGGAGGAGUUCGAUGCAGAGUUCGAAACCGAAUAUGUCCACGCCCACCAGUCGCGAGAGCUGGUGUUCUUCCACAAGCCCUCCCGCACCCUCAUCGAGGCCGACUUGCUCUUCAAUCUCCCCGCGCGCGAACAGUACUCGAAGACCGGGGAGAGCGCCACGUCGGGCCUCUUGACGAAAAUCAUCAGUCCACUCUUGAACGCGAACGCGCCUGCCACCUGGCAGAAGAGAUUUGUCUGGUAUGCGCUGUCCAGCUCGGAUCGUAAGGGCUUUACGGAGUCGAUCCAGAGAAUCGAUAAGUGGGACUUCAAUCGGUUGAUCCCGUGUCAUGGAGAUGUGAUCGAGAGCGGUGCCAAGGGAGUUUUCCGCACGGUCAUGGAGUGGUUUCUGGAGGAUCGGAAACGGACUUGA